GGUGCCCGGGGAGCCCGAAUGGGGGAGCCCUGGGGACACACGUUGACCCCGCUCCGGGGCGGGUGCGUGCCAGGCACCGCUUGACCUUCGCGGGCGCCCCGGCUUGGAUGGGCCUUGGCCGGGCCGUGGGGACGGAGAUGCUACGCGUUUGCUUGCUGCAGCAGCAGCAGCAGCAGCAGCAGCAGCAGCAGCGUCGCUCCCGAGGCAGCUGGCGCUUCGGACGUGCCCUUCUUCUUUCCCAUCCCCACCCCUGGCCCUGUCCUCAGCCGCCCUCGACCUUUCGCACUCGUGACCGGCCGGCCGGCCAGCCAGCCAGCCCCGCUAGCUGCAGCAGGUUUCUGAUUUCCUGUAACCUCUUCUUGCCUCGCGCUGCCCAGGUCUUGGCGGCUGAGGCUGGCCUGCCUCCCCGUCGUUCCUUCAUGGGCUUUGCUGCGCCCUUCACCAACAAGCGGAAGGCGUACUCAGAGCGUAGGAUCAUGGGGUACUCCAUGCAGGAGAUGUUUGAGGUGGUGUCCAAUGUCCAGGAGUACCGAGAGUUUGUGCCGUGGUGUAAGAAGUCACUGGUGGUGUCCAGCCGUAAGGGUCAUCUGAAAGCCCAGUUGGAGGUUGGGUUUCCGCCUGUGCUGGAACGUUAUACCUCUGCGGUCUCCAUGGUCAAACCACACAUGGUCAAGGCCGUGUGCACAGAUGGCAAGCUCUUCAACCACUUGGAGACUAUCUGGCGAUUCAGCCCUGGCCUUCCUGCCUACCCUCGAACCUGCACUGUGGACUUCUCGAUCUCCUUUGAAUUUCGAUCCCUGCUGCACUCCCAGUUGGCGACCAUGUUUUUUGAUGAGGUCGUCAAACAGAACGUUGCUGCCUUUGAGCGCCGGGCAGCCACUAAGUUCGGCCCAGAAACAGCCAUCCCCCGUGAACUCAUGUUCCACGAAGUGCACCAGACCUGAGACAAAGGACUGCUCUCUUGCCUCCACCCCUCUUCCCAGCAAACUUUUAUUUAUUCGGCUUGGCUCUUGCUCAGAGAGAGGUCUAAGUUUCACCUCUCAAUUCUUCCCAAACCGGGCUGCAUGCUGGGUGGACAUGUGGGAAAAGAUAACAGAUAUGGAAGUGAGACACACAGAAAGGGUCAGGAGCGUUCUGAAAGCCUCAUACGCCCACAGCCGUUCCACACCGAAUAAAAACCAGGGCUGAGGUCUCUGGGCCAGGUCAAGCGAAUAUAGUAGUAACUUCCUCACAGAGGUACUGGCUGGCAACUAACUCCUACCCUGCUAAGAUUUCUCAGGGGAGAAGGCAACCUGCCUCAGCUCAGGAGCGUGCCCGUGCUGUGUGACAGUGGAGGGAGCUGCUGCACCGUCCAUCAUGCCACAGAGCAGAGGAGGAGGAAUCCACGCGGCCUGAGUUUUUAUAAAACUUCAAUAAAUUAUGACAGUGUGAA